CAUAAUGCUUUAAAUAAAAAAGGAGUAUAAUGCUCCAUUGAAAGAUCAUUCAGAAAUAUUGAAAUAUUUUUAAAAUAAUUAGGACAAUAAGUGAAUGUUGAAAAGGAUGAAGUAGUAGAGAAAGUAUUUAGAAGAGAGGCAAAUACUUUGAAUAACAAUUAAAUUACUUUAAGAAUUUAAAAUAAUACUAGCUUGUAUAUAAAUAAUUGAAUUAGAUCAUGUGAGCAUUUAUUAUUGGAGAAAUAUAUGGAUAAUAAUAUUGAUCUAAUAAAUUAUGAAGACAAUAUUCCUGAAGAUUGUUCAAGUUUAUUCGAGAGGGUUGGAUUUAAGUUAAUAAAAAUUGAUGAAUAUAGUGAGUAGAUUUAUAAUAUAAAGUUUAUGAAUUGCUCAAUUGGUGUUUAAGAGUAUUCAAAGGCUAAAAGAUUAGUAUUAUAACUUAGAGAUUAACAAGAUAAAGAUGCUCAUUUCAGAAUAGAUUCUUUAAAGAAAUUACUUGGAUAGGGUGGAAUAAUUUGA